AUGAAUGUUCUUAUAAUUUCAAUUCGUUCUUCAACAAUUUCUCAGUUAUUAAAACCAUCAUGUAUUUCCUCAUCACUCUUAUCAUUAAGACAAUGGCACAAUUUUGAAGAGAUAACGCCCGCUAAAUAUGUUAAAUCAAAUUUACAAAAUGGUCUUGGUCGUUAUGUUUGUCAAUUACAACGUUUAACAAUCAAAUUUUGCAAAGAAUUUCGAACGUCGUUUGGUGUGCGUGAUUAUAUUGAACAUGAUCUUGUUACAUUUGCUAAGAAAUAUCCAAUGGUAGCUAUUUAUUUACAACCACGUCGACAUCGAACACCAACGUUAACUGCCGAAUAUUUAAAUGGUUGUGAACAAAAUUUAAAAAUAACAAGUUGUUCACGUCAACAGGUAAAUUGGUGGGUACAUUAUUUGCUAACACAACAAGGCGAUUCAACAGUCAGAUAUUUGAAACAGAUGCAUUCUGAUUCACCUUCCACACAAGGUAUAUGGACACCGUAUACAAAUAAACCGUUAGAUCGAAUAUUACGAACAUAUCCCGAUGAUGAAUUGAGAGAAAUUGAAGAUCCCGAUUAUCUGUAUCCAUCAGCAACAAAACAGAUCCAACAGUUAUUUGAUAAACAGCAACAACAAGAAGACGAAGAGAAACAUGUGUAG